UGACUGGACAGCGCGCAGGACUAACGCUGCUCCCGGACUCGUUCAGGGAAACUUUCCUUUCUGUGAAGGAUACGAGCUCUUCCCCGACAAUUAUCUGAAAAGAUGCUGCUGCUCCUCCUGGGAAUCAUCCUCCUGCACAUCGCUGCUCUUGUUCUCCUCUUUGUGUCAACGAUUGUCAGCGUAUGGACGUCAGGGGAAAGCAGCACCUCGGACCUCUGGAGAAACUGUACUCUUCAAGCUGGAGGACACUUCUGUAACCCAGCAUCAGCUGGAGAAUGGAUUCAAGCGGUCCAAGCCCUGAUGAUCCUCUCCAUCAUCUUCAGCUGCCUGGCUCUCUUCCUCUUCUUCUGCCAGCUCUUCACUUUGCAGAAAGGUGGACGCUUCUUCCUCACUGGAGCCUUCCAGAUCCUGGCUGGUUUGUUCGUGAUGAGCGGAGCCAUCAUCUACACGGUGAUGAGUCCGGAGUGGGUGCCCGAGAAAAACAACUUUGGCUACUCCUACAUCCUGGCGUGGGUGGCUUGCCCCUUGGCGCUCAUCAGCGGACUCAUCUACGUCAUCUUGAGGAAGCGAGAAUGAGACGUGGCUCCAUCCCAGAGUUCCCAGUAACCCAACAGCAAGUGUUAUCAGCUCCCUUCUGCAGUUUUAAGUUGUGAGGUCAGCGUUAACGGCGGCUAACGGGGAAGCAAUCCCAAAAACCCGACACGAAAACACAGAUACUGUCUCUGUUAAAAGAUGUAUAUAGUAUCUAUGGUUUAAAACCUAUUUAUAACACUUUUUACAUGUACAUAGUUUUUGUGCUGCUUCGUUGAUGCGCUUUUUGUUUGCUAAAUACGUGUCUGUUUGUGAUGAUGAUAUAAUUUCAUGCUAUUUUAAGUUUUUCUGCCUUUUUGUUAGAGUAAUUGCCAAAGAAUUAUUAAAACAUUUUUUUUUGGUUCAAUAUAACCAAAGAGCAUGUAUAGAAAUACAAAUAGUGUUAAUCAUGUAGCAUAAUCAUAAAAUCUAGAUUUGGUUGUUUUUUUAUUUUAUUUCGGGAUUUGCAAUGCAUUUUCUUCUGUUUUAUAUUUUCAACUAAAGAUGGUGCUAUGUAUUUAUCAUUCCUUUUAGUGAUAGCAAUCAUUUACUACAGUUACUGAGCAGUUUAAGGUGAGGAUCGGACAGAAGGACACGUUAUAAAGCCCGACUGCUUCUUUAGGGAACACAACUUGUAAUACUUUGCAGAGUCGGUUUCGGUUCAUCAGCUUCUACGUCGUUAAUGAAAUAAGUUUUAGGUUAUGCACUGAUGUACUGAAUGUCACGUGAAAUUUCAGUAUUACAGUAUUUGGCAAGCUUGCAGAGUUGGAUUGCAUAAAUGGACUUUAAUUUCAUCUUUGUUUGCCUCUGUUAGCAAAGCCAAAUUGCCUUUUUAAUUAAACCUCCUACAGGAAAUAAUACUGUUGGGCAUUGUAGCAAACGAGAAACAAUAUCUAGCCAUGCUAUGACUACCAAGGUGAAGCCAUAUAAGAAACUACAGGAAGAAAAUGUUAGCUCCAUAAGUGAAGGAAAGGCAGAGACGCAACUAUUUGUUUGACGUACUUGAAGACUGACGUGCCGCGGUCUCUGCCUUCUGAUGUCUACGUGUUGUUUUGUUUCUCCUCGACUGUAUAAAACACUGUUUAUAUGUUGUGCAUAACAGCCAUUUAUGAAAAUGUAGCCAACUAAAUCUCACUAAAUAAAUCUACUCUCACAUUA